AUGGCGUCCGAUGAAGAUGGUUAUGAGAGUGCGGGUGCAUUAGCGAUCACAAGUUGGGAAUCAGAGAAGAGUUGGGUCUUGGACUCAGGGUGCUCUUAUCACAUGUUUUUGGGAAAGGAAUAUUUUGAGACUUUGGAUCUAAAAGAAGGUGGAGUUGUUCGACUCAAAAAUAACAAGGCUUGCAAAGUCCAACGCAUGUCUACCGAUGUUACUUAUGUCAAACAAGCUUUGAUAUUUAAGCAAGUUUAUGAGAAACUUGUUAAAAUCGAAGAUCCGAUGGAGUGUUUUUAUUUGAUCGAUAUCAUCCAAAAGUUUGACAUUGAACACUACUUUGUUGACGAGAUCAAAGCGGCUCUUGAAAACUUGCAUUUGAUAUUGAACACCAAUCCUAUUGAUUUUGUGAGUAGCCAUGAACUCUAUCAAGUUGCACUUGCAUUCCGCUUGCUCAGACAAGGAGGCCAUUAUGUAAAUGCAGAUUUAUUUGACAGCUUGAAGUGUAACAAAAGAAUGUUUGAAGAAACACAUGGUGAGGAUGUGAAAGGUCUCAUUGCCCUUUACGAAGCAUCGCAACUAAGUAUUGAAGGAGAAGAUCAUCUUAACGAUGUAGGAUACCUCUGUUGUGAACUUUUACAUGCAUGGUUGUCAAGAAAUCAAGAACAUAAUGAAGCUUUAUAUGUUGCAAACGCUCUUCAGAAUCCACUUCAUUAUGGCUUGUCAAGAUUUAUGGAUAGAAACAUAUUCAUCCAUAAUUUGAAGGCUGAAAAGGAUUUGAUAUGUUUAAAGGAACUUGCUAAUAUCAACUCCAGCAUAGUUAGGUUCAUGAACCAGAAUGAGACCACUGAAGUUUCCAAAUGGUGGAACGAACUUGGACUAGCCAAGGAGGUGAAGUUUUCAGAGUAUCAACCUCUGAAAUGGUACACAUGGCCCAUGGCAUGCUUUACAGAUCCAAACUUUUCAGAACAAAGGAUUGAGCUCACAAAACCCAUCUCUUUGAUUUAUGUUAUUGACGACAUUUUCGAUGUUCACGGGACAUUGGAUCAACUUACAAUAUUCACAGAUGCUAUUAAAAGGUAUUAA